AUGCUUUUCCGCUCGAUCGUUGACAGAGGAGUCGGCAGACGAAGGCAGAACGCCGUCCCUGCAGAUCCUUGGCCCAGGCUCCCCCUGAGCUCUCUGCUUCAAGGCUUCAAGUGCGUCCGACACGACGAACACAUCUCCUAUGGAAACCUGGGGGACUCCGUGCCCCCAUUCGGAUUAGCUUUCUCCUCUGCCGGGACGCAGCAGAACAUCCUGGCUGCAGCCAAUGAGGAAGGCAUCGUGAGGAUCUACAACACGGAGAGCAGAGAAAACCCGCUUCUCAAAGAAUGGCUGGCUCAUGAGAACGCUGUCUUUGACAUUGCCUGGGUACCGGGGGAGCCUCAGUUAGUGACGGCUGCAGGAGAUCAAAUGGCCCGGCUGUGGGACGUGAAGUCCGGAGACAUGUUGGGCAGCUUCAAGGGUCACCUCUGCAGCCUCAAGUCUGUUGCAUUCGCACCUCAGGAGAAAGCUGUGUUCUGCACUGGAGCCAGAGAUGGAAAUAUUAUGGUCUGGGACACGAGGUGCAGCAAAAAAGAUGGUUUCUACAGACAAGUGAAACAGAUCAGUGGCGCUCACAACAAAGCAGAGACCAACGCCCCCUUGAAAAUAAAGAAGAGACGUAGCAGCACUCGGGGCAUGGCUCCCAGUGUGGACACCCAGCAGAGUGUCACCGUGGUUUUGUUUCGGGAUCAGCACACGCUCAUCUCCUCUGGGGCUGUCGAUGGAGUGAUCAAGCAAUGGGAUCUCAGAAAGAACUACACUGCACACCGUCAGGAUCCGGCUCCACUGCAGACGUACCCGUACCCGGGUUCCUGCAUGCGCAUGAGGCUCGGUUAUUCCGGACUUGUUCUGGACUCCACAGGAUCCAAUGUGAUGUGUAACUGCACUGAUGACAAUAUCUACAUGUUCAACCUCAGUGGAAUAAAGACAAAUCCAGUGGCUGUUUUCAGUGGUCACCAGAAUUCCUCAUUUUAUAUCAAGUCCACUAUCAGCCCAGACGACCAGUUCUUGGCCAGUGGCUCAAGUGACAAUCACACGUACAUCUGGAAGAUUUCUGAGCCUCAACAUCCUCCCAUGACCCUUCAAGGCCACAGUGAGGAAGUGACAUCAGUCGUGUGGUGUCCCACAGAUUUCACUAAGAUUGCUUCCUGUUCGGACGACCACACUGUCCGGAUCUGGAGGCUUCACCGGGAAACAGAGGAGGUGCAGUCUGCAGUGGGAGAAGCAAACCUCGUGGGCUGGGCGCGUCGGAAAACUCCAACAGGGCCCUCAGUCAGAGCUGAGACAACUCCCGCCAAAAGCCAGAGGACAGAGAGUCGUCCAGGCCUCGUGUCUCCCCGGCUCGCUGCCUGUGCUCCGAGUGGAGCCGCCCUGCCUCUGUCCUCCAGCACCACUUCACCUGUCCAGCCUCUGGAUGCAAAAGCUGCUGCUGCUCGCCAGAGAACGCCAUCCUCUAUCAAACAGUGGUUAUCUCCGAGCCGCGGGUCUCCCGGUCAGGUCACCCCUCCUCUCCGCAGGGUUCUGAGCCCGUGUGCCCAGAGUCCGGCGAGCAGCACCUCUCCCAUCGAGCGACGGGCCAAACGGCGGCUGGAGAGUAUUGGGUCAGCCGGCUGUGAGGGCGCGGAACAAUGCGACUGUGUAACUGAACUUUACCCUGCGCCCAAGAGAGGCCGGACCUUGGCUGGUAUCUGCUGCCCUGGUCAUGAGAGCAGGUCACAAACAGACUGUCCCGCAGACGACAAGCAAAGCUUAUCGAGACAGAGUGGCAAAGAGAAUUACUCUCCCAGAGGAAUGGACUGGCUGUCUGCGAUGGCACAAAAGAUGAGGAAAGGUCAAGGAAGCCCGAGUAGUCCCAGAAGUCCCAGUGCCUCGAAGAAACAGGAGGGGAAAACACCAGCUUCACCGACGAGCCGCUCGCCGCAAAGCAUGAAGAAAAUCUCCACGUACUUCAGCAGACCAACUCUGGAGUGA